AUCGAAUCCCGGAGCCCAGACAGCAUCGUGUGGCGCGGCCGCCCGUCUGUCUUCCUUUCCGCCGCUCUCCAGCCAUGACCCUGCGAAGACUUCGGCGCCUCCGGCCCGGACAACCGGCGCAAGAAACGGCGGCCAGCGUGGCCGGCCCGGAAGCUCCCGGGAGCCGAGCGUCGGAGCUGGAAAAAGCGCUGGCGGCCUCGGGGGGCACCUUGCCCCGAGCCAGGAGGGGCUCUGCAUUCAAGUGGCACUCUCUGAGCCAGUCGCCUGAGCAGCACAGGAAGGUGAUCACACUGGAGAAAGAAGAGAGUCAGACGUAUGGUUUUGAGAUUCAGACCUAUGGGCUACACCAUCAGGACACAAAACGUGUGGAGAUGUUCACUUUUGUUUGCCGGGUUCACGAAAACAGCCCAGCCCAAGCAGCAGGCCUUAAACCUGGUGACACAAUCACAGGGGUGAAUGGGCUUAACGUAGAAGGCAUCCGGCACCGUGAGAUUGUGGAGAUCAUCAAAGCAUCUGGAAACGUGCUCAGGUUAGAUACCUUGUAUGGUGCAUCAAUCCGGAGAGCCGAAUUGGAGGCUCGCUUGCAGUAUCUCAAGCAAACGCUCUAUGAAAAAUGGGGAGAGUAUCGGUCAUUGAUGGUCCAGGAGCAGCGCUUGGUCCAUGGUAUUGUGGUUAAAGACCCCAGCAUCUAUGAUACGUUGGAGUCUGUCCGCUCCUGCCUGUAUGGCUCUACACCCUACGGGAUGCUGUUGAGAGGAGCUGGGAGUACAUACAGCAGCGUGGGCUGUGUCAGCACUGCCACAGAUGAGACCGAGGAAUCUCUUUACCAGACUUGCUUUUUUGACUCUGCCGACUCCCUGGACAUUGUCCCCGCAGCAGCCCAGUCUUCACGCCCCAAGACAACAUUAACCCGCAGCAUCAGCGUCAAAUGUACAACUACCACCACCACCACCAAUGGGGAUGCCUGUUUCUGGGACAAAUCCAGAGAACCAAAGAACUCUGUGGUCACGUCAAGGCCCCCCAAAAGCAAACAGGGAAGCUUCCGCAAGAGAUUCCUCAAGUUUAUUCCUGGGUUGAACCGUUCUUUGGAGGAAGAGGAGAGCCAGUUGUAAAAGGACACUCUUGUUGAGAAAAGCAAAGCACAGUUCAGCUGUGAGGCCAGCUGAGGCCUCUGCUUGCUGUGGUCUCUUAUUUAUUUAUUUAUUUGAUUAACAGAGGACUGGGCUUCCGAACGCCAACAGACCAGCUCUAUGGAAAUGCAGGUUGCAAUCCGCCUUGGAUUUUUGGAAGAAUAAUUCAUCAGCCUGGGUGGGAGUGGGAUAACAGUGGGUCUUCAAAGUCCUAGGAAGAAACGGGUGGUGGGGAGAAAGAAAAAGAUCUCAAAAGAAAAAAUGUAGCACAUUGUAAGGCCAAAGAAGUACAAGUGAUUUUGCAUACUUCAUUCAUACGAGGGUGGCUUUGGUUUGGGAUGUUUUUCAGGAAUUGGCAUAAAGCAGUCUCUUCAAGUUAUCGGGUGGUUCUUUCUCGUUGUGGGCCAUAGGGUGACUUUUAGAAAUGGAUGGGAAACAGGACAUUAUUAUUGGUUUAACUAGCAGGGAUAGUUUUUUAAAAAAAAACUGGAAUGUUUGGUUUGGGUUUGUACAUUGGGUGACUUUUGUUAGGACUUAAUGACGGGGACCAUUAGAAGAACCAGCAUGUUAAUUUAGCCUAGAGCAUGAAGUAGCAUUUGAGGUUAAGUCAGAUAGAUUGAGAAAGCUCAGAUCCGAGGCAAAAAGUAGAAAGCAAGAGCUACCGACACACUCCAGAUGCAUUGGGACUUCAAGUCCCAGAAUUCCUGUUUAGCCUUGAAUUUGGCCACGUUGGCUGGAAAUUUACAUUACAUUUAGAAAGUUCGGUUAUAGGAUAGAGUGAGCUGCAUAGGUGGCCACGAAGUAGCAAGAACUCCCAAGAUAUUUCUGCAUUUUGUAUUUUUAAGCGUUGAAAGGCAAGACUGCCAGGAGUUUUAUGCAUAUCAAGUUCAAUCUUUCCUCUACACUUGGGGCAAGGUCAAUUCUAAGCUAUGCUGAGAAGAAGGAACACUUAAUCCACUUUGUGAAUCCAUGUCUUGCAGUCAGACUACAUGUCUAUAGCAGCAGAUACUUUCCCUCCCACUGAGAAGGCCGAUGAAUCGAUUGAGCUGUAAAUGUUUGGGGAACUCCCUUCCAACCCCCUCCCCCCACACACAGUUUGUACAAAUGUGGUUUCUGAGCUGCUCUAUAUUCUAUAUCUGUUCUGAGGAGCCACAUCCUGUCUGUCUCAUUACCUCCAGAGGCUGCAGCAAUUCCCCACAACUUCCCUCUAGUCUUUAAAAAAGUCCAGAUGUUAUUACACAUUUUUUUCUCUCCUUAUUCUAGAGCAACUUUGAAAGGAAAAGUUAUAAGAAAAGACUUGUUGGCGUUACAUUUUUCUCUUUCAGUGUACCUAAUUCUACUUGAAAGGCCAAUAGGAAGAACAAAUUGAAUUUAUUCUAGUUUUACUGACUUUUCUCCAAUUCUGUAAAAGAUUGGCUCUGUCAGGAGUCCCCGCUUUGCUCCUGCUGAAUCAUACAGCAAUUCUCAGGACCGCUGUUAGGGAGAGAAACAGUGGAAGUCAAAUUAGAGCCAAACCUUAAAGAUCUGGAUCUGGAUUCUGCAGGGUAGCUAGAUGUUAUGAAGGUCGGGUCCUACACAGAAUGAAAUUUGUGGCUACCCUGCCCAAAUCCCAGCACAGCAUCUUUCUCAGGAUUGCUCACAACUAUAGAAGGAGAAAGGGAGAGGGGGACAUGGACAAACAUAGACAUAAAGAGUGUUGUUAUGUUGGCUGGAAAAAUGGGAAUUGUAAUCCAGCGUAUCUGGAUGGUGCCAGGUUGAGGAAGACUGGGCGAACCUUAGAUAAAACAAAAAGAGGUGUUUGUCUAAAACCUUAGAGAAAAGGUGAUUUGUGAGCUUCCAUAUGCCACUGCACUACAACUCCCAGCCCCCUUUAUUAUCAGCUAUGCCAGCAAAGGCUCUUGGGAAUUGUAGUUUAGUGACGUUCGGUGAGCCAUAUUCCUGGCCUAAGUAAAGUCCCUCAGAACAGAACUGUGCCUCUAAAAACAGCUUCGAGUCUGACUGUUCCAACCUCUCACCAGCAAAUGCCUUGUGUGAGGGAAACCAAAGGGCAGCUUUCUGGUUUUUUGUUUUUAACUUUAUCUCAGGAAGUAGCUGCAGGAAGAGGGGAGGAGGGGUGACACAGCACAGACGGGAAAAGAGUGGCCCUUGUGCACCCUGACAGAUAUUUCUCAAAAGAGAUGUUAAGUGGGGGGGAAGCAACAAACAAACAAAGCAAGGCCAGCAAUUUAGAGCGGCACCAUGUGCCAAUAACUGUAUGCAUAAAAAACUGAUUUAGAGUUGGAUUUUUGUACAGACAUGUGCAGCAAUGUUUCCACUGUAAACUUUUGGAUAAAACUUGUGAGAUGUUUUGCAUUCA